AUGGAGAGAUUUAGUCAGUUCCGGGACAAGGGUUCCGGUAUAUCGCCCUUCCUCCCUAUCCACACCCCUCUCUCGCUCCCCACCCGCUUCCUACACCUCUGCGUCUUCGCCGUCCGCUUGCCCUUCUUCCUCGCCUACGCCGUCCUGUACUUCGUCUUCCUGGUACAUGUGCCCGUCCCCGCCCUGCGCAAGCUCUUCCUAUGGGUCUUCAUGCUCAUCCCGGGCCUCUGCCCCCGACCGCUUCCCCACCCGGGUUCCGUCGUCGCCGCCAACUUCACCUCCCCCGUCGACCCUCUCUACCUCGCCGCCGUCUUCGACCCCAUCUUUGUCAUCGCCUACCCCGGCUCCCGAGCCGUCCGCCACGUCUCCCUCUUCCACGCCGUCCUCCACGCUCUGUCCCCUAUCCGCUUCGAUCCCCCAAGUCCACCUCCUCCUUCUUCGGCCGCACCGACCUCGCCACCCUCCUCAAGACCUACCCCAAUCGCAUUAUUGCCGUCUUUCCCGAGUGCUCGACAACCAACGGCAAGGGCAUCCUGCCCCCGAGCCCCUGUCUCCUCGACAUCCUCCCGCACGCACAUCUUCCCCGUCUCCAUCCGCUACACCCCCGCCGACGUCACCACCCCCGUCCCCGGCCGCUGGAUCUCCUUCCUUUGGAAUCUCCUCUCCCAGACCACCAUAUGCAUCCGCGUUCGCAUCGCCGAGAGCAUCCACAAUGACUCCCCAGAGAUAGCCCUGGUGCCCCUGUAA